GCGACAAGGCGGCGCUGAGCGCGGCGGCCACCGGGCGCAGCCAGGCGCGCGGCGUGCAGAGCGAUCGCAGCGGGCGCGCGUCCCGGGCAGUCCCACGCCCCUGCCUGGCGCCGUCCGCGCCAUGAAGCACAUCCCGGUCCUCGAGGACGGGCCGUGGAAGACCGUGUGCGUGAAAGAGCUGAACGGCCUCAAGAAACUCAAGCGGAAAGGCAAGGAGCCGGUGCGGCGCGCGAACGGCUAUAAAACUUUCCGACUGGACUUGGAAGCACCCGAGCCCGGCGCCACGGCCAGCGCCACCGCCGCCACCAACGGGCUCCGGGACAGGACACAGCCGUUCCCGAUCGCGACCCCAGUGCCAGCCUCCGUGGCGCCGGCGGUUCCUCCAGGUGGAGGCACGGACACAGCCAGGGAGCUCAGGGGCAUCCGAGCGCCCGAGGUCUCAGACGCGCGCAAACGCGGUUUCGCUCUGGGCACAGUGGGGCCCGGACUGCCCACGCCGCCACCCGCGUCCCAGAGCUUGGCACCCGGGCGUCCAGAGGCGCAGCCCUACCGCGAGCCGGCUCUGCGUCCCCGCAUUUUGCUGUGUGCCCCUCCCGCGCGCCCCACGCCGUCUGCGCCUCCCGAACCCCCAGCGGCGCCACGAGAGUCCCCUGUGCGCCCUGCGCCCCCCACGCGCUCGGGGGAAAGUUCCUACUCGUCAAUUUCACACGUAAUUUACAAUAACCACCCAGAUUCUUCCGCGUCGCCUAGGAAACGGCCAGGCGAAGCGACCGCCGCCUCCACGGAGAUCAAAGCCUUGCAGCAGACCCGGAGGCUCCUGGCCAACGCCAGGGAGCGGACGCGGGUGCACACCAUCAGCGCAGCCUUCGAGGCGCUCAGGAAGCAGGUGCCAUGCUACUCCUACGGGCAGAAGCUGUCCAAACUGGCCAUCCUGAGGAUCGCCUGUAACUACAUCCUGUCCCUGGCGCGGCUGGCUGACCUGGACUACAGUGCCGACCACAGUAACCUCAGUUUCUCCGAGUGUGUGCAGCGCUGCACCCGCACCCUGCAGGCGGAAGGCCGCGCCAAGAAGCGUAAGGAGUGACCUGCCAUAGGCCAGACCAUGGACACUGCUUCGGGCCUCUUUCCAGCUGGGCCUAAGGAAAAAGAAGCUGAGGCCACCAGGACAGCCAGCCUUACUCCUGUCUUCAAGAUGCUACCGGAUACUCAGCCCACUCACUGCCUCUCAGGGCCACCAGGACCAGGACAAGGGCAGCCCGCCUCCCUCCCAGUCUCCUGCUGUCCUCCAGCCAUCCAGGGUUGCUUCAGAUUUUGCCUUCUGACUGGUGGGGUAGACUGUUGCCAAAGAUUCUACAGAGAUUGUCCGACAAAACUACGGGAUGAAACCCAACAGCACAAAGCCACCAUGGCAGCUGCCUGACCAAGUCCGCCUCAAGCCAAAGAUGGAUUAGCACUUCUGCCAGGAGCUCGUGCAAGGAGUGGACAUUUGGUGACCUUCAGAAGCACUUAGCCUCUGAGCCAGUGCUCCGUGUGCGCUGGGCCCCAAGCUGGCCUGGGUGCAAGACAGGCUUUCUAGGGCCGUGACAGGUGUGGUGGGAGGUGGGGUCUGAGACCCUUCUCUUCCCACUAACUACCCAGGCCUCUGAGCACAUCCUGGUAGUCUCUGGCCCCAGCUCCUCCUUGGACUCCAGGCCUCUGAGAAGAGAGGAAAGGGGGUUAAUGAAGGAGUGAUAUUUCUCCAUCCCCCACCCAGGACGUGCCCCAAGACAACCAGUCUGAGCAUCUUUGCUCCCAGAGCCUGCCCCGCCAGGUGCACAGCAGAGGCCAGCACCCAAGACAGAACCCUGCCCUUGGAAAGGCCAGGCAAGAGGACUUAGGGA